AUGUCACAGGCCCUCUUGGCCGCAGCCAUCAGCAAGAGCGCCGCGGUUCGCCAGGCGCGAGUUGUCGAGACACUGUCCGGCGCAUCCCAGAGCAACACAAAACGAUGUGAUGUGCGAUAUCAGUACUUGGUGGCCAGGUCUCGGCCCCCACAGCUGCAGGCUCCAUACUGCGAUCCGUCCUUCGGGCCGAUCGCAGGGAGCUGCGCGAAGUUCGGCACACUGGCCUCGCCGGACUGGUGGCCGGCAGAGCCUGACACCUGGUUCGCUGCACGGCUGCUGGAGGCGUGCCUCCGUUCCGACAGGGAGUUGCGCGCCGCCUUGGCAUGCGAGCCCAGGUCCUCCAGCCCCUCAGCGAGCGACCAGGCCAGCAGCGGAUUGCUGUCGGAGGUCUUGGGGCCUCUUGCCAGCCUGGCUCGUGCCUGGCGCUCCGAGCGACAGUGUUCUUCCCAGGCGGGGGAUCCCACGGCAGCGUUGUGCGCCCUGCUGCAGCUCCUGGCCGAGUGGUGCAACGGCUGCCCGCUGGCAGCGGAGGUCGUGGCCCGCUCCCCGGCGCAGCUUCCGGAGCUGGUGUCCUUGCUGGAGACCUCACAAACCUCGCCAUCGAUGGGUCCCGAUGAAGUGCACGUUCGGGGCCUGGCUGCUUUGGUGCUGGGCACAUGUCUUCUGGAGCUCCCGGGCAAGGAAGAUGCCUUGGUCAGCCAGAGUCGGCUCAUGGAGAUCUUAGCUGCCCGUGUCGGUGUGGAUGCCUACACACGCGCUGCGGAGGAGUUCCUGCGCUCCCUGCGGGGCACUGUGCCUGGUGCUCGGCUGAGCCGCUACCCUGCUGGCUUCCCAGCCGCUGCCGCUGCACGCUUCCAGCAGGUGCAGGAAGCCAUGGUGCGAAUCUGGCUGGAGCGAGGUGCAGGAUCGCCACAUGCCAGUGCCGGCAUGGCGGAGGACGUGGCUGAGCAUUUCAAGGAUCUCAUCAAGAUGCAGGACAAGGAACUGAGAUCUCUGCGAGCCGAGGUUCAGCAUCUCAAGGAUGAGAAUGUCGAGCUGCGGAAGCUCACCACUGACGAGGACAAGACGAUCCUUCUCUGGAAGGUGAGGGCGCUCAGCAAACAGUGCGAGGCCCUGCAGGUCCAGUGUGAUCUCCUCCAAGCCAGUCGCGGCUCCACGGAGGUGGCUCGCCUCCGCGAGCGGCAACAGCACCGCGCGCAGCGUCAGGAGCUCGAGCAGCAGCUGCAGGUGCUGGUUCUGGCUCUGGAUGAGGUGGAAGCGCGCAAAGAGAGGCCUCCGCCUGAGCAGGGAGACGACGCUGACGCAGGUGGCUCAGAGGGCUUGGCUGAUGUUGCCGCCGAGAGGGACGAGCUGCUGGCAGUGCUGAGCCAGAUCCAUCGCGCAUGCCCUGAGGCGGCGGCUUUCCUGUCGCCGCUGGGCUUUGCACCUUCGUCCAAGUCGGAUCGGGAGGUCACAGCCUGGGAGGCCGCGGCAGAACGCCUGGGCCAGCAGGCGGAGGUCCUCGCCCUGGCAAGCUGCUCAGCAACUGGCCCUGUCUCCAAGGAGGCUGCGAGCACAUGCGAGCACCAUAACCUGAUGCAAAAGUUAUCGGAGAUCCAAAUGAAUCAGCGUAUCAUGCAAAUGUCCACGCUGCGCCAUGGCAAGCUGGUGGGUCAUGAUGGACACAGCGGCCAUAGGCAGGCAACCGUCACACUGGGCUCACUGUGCCCGGCGCCACCACCGCCACCAGCGCCUGCGGCACCCGCACCCCCACCCUCAGGUUUCAGCGGAGUCUUUAAGUCAGGCUCCACCGUGCCAGCUGCCAAGGGGCCUGCGGCACCCGCGCCCCCGCCCUCAGGCUUCAGCGGAGUCUUUAAGUCAGGCUCCACCGUGCCAGCUGCCAAGGCUUCGCCAAAGCAAGAGGCUUCGCCAAAGCAAGAGGCUGCCCAGAGUGGAGGGGGCUUGAAGCACGUGUACUUCGACUUUGACCAGACCAUCUCCAAGAUCCACGUCUUCAAGCAGCUCGCUGGCUGGGAGCCGGGCGUCGACGCGCCGCACGCGCUGUCGGAGCGCGGGCAGAUCCACCGACUGAAGAUGCUGAAUGCGGCACAGUACGCCUACCAGGGAAGCACAGGCACCGUGGUGCCGUGCGCCGCAGGAACACAGGGGGCCUCUUGGACAGCUUGCGCUUUGGGAGGACCUGAGCGUGUGGGGCAGCUGCGCAGCUUCUUCGCGAGCAUGAAGGCUGCCGGCACGAAGCUGAGCAUCAUCACCAAGGGCAACGUGGGUGCCUGCCGAUAUCUGCUGGAGAACGAAGGGCUGCUGCAGUUCUUCGAGCAGGUCUUCGGCAUGCUUGGCCAGUUCUACGGUGAGUCCGACUUCGACCGCGCCAACCCUGAGCCGUCUCCGCUGGAAGGCAGCGCUGACUGCGAGCUGCGCGAGUCUAAGGCCAACCUCAUCCGCAACUUGAUGUCUCGAGCGUCUUUGGGCGUCGACGAGGCGUGCCUGGUUGAGGACGACGCCCAGGAGAUAGCAUCCGUGCAGGGCAUCUGCCGCAGCGUCUUCGUGGCUGAGAGGCGUGGGAUGACCGAGAGCGAGAUGGAUGAGCUGAGACGCCUUGCAGGUGCGAGAGCUUCAGAGGCUGCGGAGGCCAAAGCAGAGGCCAAAGCCUUCAGCAAAGUGGCGCCGAAGGCAGCGCUGAUAGCUAAGCCGCAAGCUGCUCCCCCGCCACCUCCGCCGGAUGGCUUCAGUGGCGUCUGCAAGGCUGGAGGAAACAGCGUUCCACCCGGCAAGGGGCCUGCGGCACCCGCACCCCCGCCCUCAGGCUUCAGCGGAGUCUUUAAGUCAGGCUCCACCGUGCCAGCUGCCAAGGCUUCGCCAAAGCAAGAGGCUGCCCAGAGUGGAGGGGGCUUGAAGCACGUGUACUUCGACUUCGACCAGACCAUCUCCAAGAUCCACGUCUUCAAGCAGCUCGCUGGCUGGGAGCCGGGCGUCGACGCGCCGCACGCGCUGUCCGAGCGCGGGCAGAUCCACCGACUGAAGAUGCUGAAUGCGGCACAGUGCGCCUACCAGGGAAGCACAGGCACCGUGGUGCCGUGCGUGUUCGGCGGCUUGGUGCAAGCCUGGCGAGAGCUUUCCUUGCUCUCUGCGGGCACCCACAAGUUCUACAGGAUAGACAGCCUGCUGAAUUUUGCUCGCCUUCUGUGGUUGUGUUCGUGGCCUUUGUUGCAGGUAUUUGGUAGCGUGUUAGAUUGCUCCAUCUGCUCAUUGCCUAUAAAAUAUUCCCUGGCUUCAGUCUGUCCCGUGACCACGACAUGCUUUAUCGUCUCAUAUCGUCUCUAUCAGACUCUAUCACAGAGAUGUGAGAUGUUUGCAGGACCUGAGCGUGUGGGGCAGCUGCGCUUCUUCUUCGCCAGCAUGAAGGCUGCCGGCACGAAGCUGAGCAUCAUCACCAAGGGCAACGUGGGUGCCUGCCGAUAUCUGCUGGAGAACGAAGGGCUGCUGCAGUUCUUCGAGCAGGUCUUCGGCAUGCUUGGCCAGUUCUACGGUGAGUCCGACUUCGACCGCGCCAACCCUGAGCCGUCUCCGCUGGAAGGCAGCGCUGACUGCGAGCUGCGCGAGUCCAAGGCCAACCUCAUCCGCAACUUGAUGUCUCGAGCGUCUUUGGGCAUCGGCGAGGCGUGCCUGGUUGAGGACGACGCCCAGGAGAUAGCAUCCGUACAGGGCAUCUGCCGCAGCGUCUUCGUGGCCGAGAGGCGUGGGAUGACCGAGAGCGAGAUGGACGAGCUGCGGUGCCUGGCAGGAUCUCCACACGAACCAGCCAUGGAAGCCUCCACGUCCCCUGCGAGAUGUGAAGAGGACGUACCCGGAGGUGAUGGCGGCUCCCGCAAAGAGCAUGAAGCCACUGUUGGGAAGCAGGUUAUGCUUUCCAAAUCCGUGCUCCCCGUUGCGGAGACAGAGCCCAAGGCCAAGGCGGCACACGCUCUGGACGGCACCUUGGGAGCCCAUAAGGCUGAGGACAGUCUCCCACCGCAAGAACCAAAGAGUGUGAAGCACGUGUACUUCGACUUCGAUCAGACCAUCUCCAAGAUUCACGUCUUCAAGCAGCUCGCUGGGUGGGAGCCGGGCGUGCGCCCGCCUCAUGCUUUGUCGGAGCGCGGGCAGAUCCACCGAUUGAAGAUGCUGAACGAGGCUGGCCCUGCCUACGUCCACGACGGGAACGGCGUGCAGGUGGUGCAGGGCUCGACAGGCUCCGCUGCUUCGUGGACGGCCUGCUCGCUGGGAGGACCCGAGCGUGUGGAGCAGCUUCGCAGCUUCUUCGCCAGCCUGAAGGCUGCCGGCACGAAGCUGAGCAUCAUCACCAAGGGCAACGUGGGUGCCUGCCGAUAUCUGCUGGAGAACGAAGGGCUGCUGCAGUUCUUCGAGCAGGUCUUCGGCAUGCUUGGCCAGUUCUACGGUGAGUCCGACUUCGACCGCGCCAACCCUGAGCCGUCUCCGCUGGAAGGCAGCGCUGACUGCGAGCUGCGCGAGUCCAAGGCCAACCUCAUCCGCAACUUGAUGUCUCGAGCGUCUUUGGGCAUCGGCGAGGCGUGCCUGGUUGAGGACGACGCCCAGGAGAUAGCAUCCGUACAGGGCAUCUGCCGCAGCGUCUUCGUGGCCGAGAGGCGUGGGAUGACCGAGAGCGAGAUGGACGAGCUGCGGUGCCUGGCAGGAUCUCCACACGAACCAGCCAUGGAAGCCUCCACGUCCCCUGCGAGAUGUGAAGAGGACGUACCCGGAGGUGAUGGCGGCUCCCGCAAAGAGCAUGAAGCCACUGUUGGGAAGCAGGUUAUGCUUUCCAAAUCCGUGCUCCCCGUUGCGGAGACAGAGCCCAAGGCCAAGGCGGCACACGCUCUGGACGGCACCUUGGGAGCCCAUAAGGCUGAGGACAGUCUCCCACCGCAAGAACCAAAGAGUGUGAAGCACGUGUACUUCGACUUCGAUCAGACCAUCUCCAAGAUUCACGUCUUCAAGCAGCUCGCUGGGUGGGAGCCGGGCGUGCGCCCGCCUCAUGCUUUGUCGGAGCGCGGGCAGAUCCACCGAUUGAAGAUGCUGAACGAGGCUGGCCCUGCCUACGUCCACGACGGGAACGGCGUGCAGGUGGUGCAGGGCUCGACAGGCUCCGCUGCUUCGUGGACGGCCUGCUCGCUGGGAGGACCCGAGCGUGUGGAGCAGCUUCGCAGCUUCUUCGCCAGCCUGAAGGCUGCCGGCACGAAGCUGAGCAUCAUCACCAAGGGCAACGUGGGUGCCUGCCGAUAUCUGCUGGAGAACGAAGGGCUGCUGCAGUUCUUCGAGCAGGUCUUCGGCAUGCUUGGCCAGUUCUACGGUGAGUCCGACUUCGACCGCGCCAACCCUGAGCCGUCUCCGCUGGAAGGCAGCGCUGACUGCGAGCUGCGCGAGUCCAAGGCCAACCUCAUCCGCAACUUGAUGUCUCGAGCGUCUUUGGGCGUCGGCGAGGCGUGCCUGGUUGAGGACGACGCCCAGGAGAUAGCAUCCGUACAGGGCAUCUGCCGCAGCGUCUUCGUGGCCGAGAGGCGUGGGAUGACCGAGAGCGAGAUGGACGAGCUGCGGUGCCUGGCAGGAUCUCCACACGAACCAGCCAUGGAAGCCUCCACGUCCCCUGCGAGAUGUGAAGAGGACGUACCCGGAGGUGAUGGCGGCUCCCGCAAAGAGCAUGAAGCCACUGUUGGGAAGCAGGUUAUGCUUUCCAAAUCCGUGCUCCCCGUUGCGGAGACAGAGCCCAAGGCCAAGGCGGCACACGCUCUGGACGGCACCUUGGGAGCCCAUAAGGCUGAGGACAGUCUCCCACCGCAAGAACCAAAGAGUGUGAAGCACGUGUACUUCGACUUCGAUCAGACCAUCUCCAAGAUUCACGUCUUCAAGCAGCUCGCUGGGUGGGAGCCGGGCGUGCGCCCGCCUCAUGCUUUGUCGGAGCGCGGGCAGAUCCACCGAUUGAAGAUGCUGAACGAGGCUGGCCCUGCCUACGUCCACGACGGGAACGGCGUGCAGGUGGUGCAGGGCUCGACAGGCUCCGCUGCUUCGUGGACGGCCUGCUCGCUGGGAGGACCCGAGCGUGUGGAGCAGCUUCGCAGCUUCUUCGCCAGCCUGAAGGCUGCCGGCACGAAGCUGAGCAUCAUCACCAAGGGCAACGUGGGUGCCUGCCGAUAUCUGCUGGAGAACGAAGGGCUGCUGCAGUUCUUCGAGCAGGUCUUCGGCAUGCUUGGCCAGUUCUACGGUGAGUCCGACUUCGACCGCGCCAACCCUGAGCCGUCUCCGCUGGAAGGCAGCGCUGACUGCGAGCUGCGCGAGUCCAAGGCCAACCUCAUCCGCAACUUGAUGUCUCGAGCGUCUUUGGGCAUCGGCGAGGCGUGCCUGGUUGAGGACGACGCCCAGGAGAUAGCAUCCGUACAGGGCAUCUGCCGCAGCGUCUUCGUGGCCGAGAGGCGUGGGAUGACCGAGAGCGAGAUGGACGAGCUGCGGUGCCUGGCAGGAUCUCCACACGAACCAGCCAUGGAAGCCUCCACGUCCCCUGCGAGAUGUGAAGAGGACGUACCCGGAGGUGAUGGCGGCUCCCGCAAAGAGCAUGAAGCCACUGUUGGGAAGCAGGUUAUGCUUUCCAAAUCCGUGCUCCCCGUUGCGGAGACAGAGCCCAAGGCCAAGGCGGCACACGCUCUGGACGGCACCUUGGGAGCCCAUAAGGCUGAGGACAGUCUCCCACCGCAAGAACCAAAGAGUGUGAAGCACGUGUACUUCGACUUCGAUCAGACCAUCUCCAAGAUUCACGUCUUCAAGCAGCUCGCUGGGUGGGAGCCGGGCGUGCGCCCGCCUCAUGCUUUGUCGGAGCGCGGGCAGAUCCACCGAUUGAAGAUGCUGAACGAGGCUGGCCCUGCCUACGUCCACGACGGGAACGGCGUGCAGGUGGUGCAGGGCUCGACAGGCUCCGCUGCUUCGUGGACGGCCUGCUCGCUGGGAGGACCCGAGCGUGUGGAGCAGCUUCGCAGCUUCUUCGCCAGCCUGAAGGCUGCCGGCACGAAGCUGAGCAUCAUCACCAAGGGCAACGUGGGUGCCUGCCGAUAUCUGCUGGAGAACGAAGGGCUGCUGCAGUUCUUCGAGCAGGUCUUCGGCAUGCUUGGCCAGUUCUACGGUGAGUCCGACUUCGACCGCGCCAGCCCUGAGCCGUCUCCGCUGGAAGGCAGCGCUGACUGCGAGCUGCGCGAGUCCAAGGCCAACCUCAUCCGCAACUUGAUGUCUCGAGCGUCUUUGGGCGUCGGCGAGGCGUGCCUGGUUGAGGACGACGCCCAGGAGAUAGCAUCCGUACAGGGCAUCUGCCGCAGCGUCUUCGUGGCCGAGAGGCGUGGGAUGACCGAGAGCGAGAUGGAUGAGCUGAGACGCCUUGCCGGUGCAACAGCUUCAGAGGCGGCGGAGGCCAAAGCCUUCAGCAAAGUGGCGCCGAAGGCAGCGCUGACAGCGAAGCCGCAAGCUGCUCCCCCGCCACCUCCGCCAGAUGGCUUCAGUGGCGUCUGCAAGGUUGGAGGAAAGAGCGUUCCACCCGGCAAGGGGCCUGCGGCACCCGCGCCGCCGCCCUCAGGUUUCAGCGGAGUCUUUAAGUCAGGCUCCACCGUGCCAGCUGCCAAGGCUUCGCCAAAGCAAGAGGCUGCCCAGAGUGGAGAGGGCUUGAAGCACGUGUACUUCGACUUCGACCAGACCAUCUCCAAGAUCCACGUCUUCAAGCAGCUCGCUGGCUGGGAGCCGGGCGUCGACGCGCCGCACGCGCUGUCCGAGCGCGGGCAGAUCCACCGACUGAAGAUGCUGAACGAGGCUGGCCCCGCCUACGUCUACGACGGGAACGGCGUGCAGGAGGUGCAGGGCUCGACAGGCUCCACUGCUUCGUGGACGGCCUGCUCGCUGGGAGGACCCGAGCGUGUGGAGCAGCUGCGCAGCUUCUUCGCGAGCAUGAAGGCUGCCGGCACGAAGCUGAGCAUCAUCACCAAGGGCAACGUGGGUGCCUGCCGAUAUCUGCUGGAGAACGAAGGGCUGCUGCAGUUCUUCGAGCAGGUCUUCGGCAUGCUUGGCCAGUUCUACGGUGAGUCCGACUUCGACCGCGCCAACCCUGAGCCGUCUCCGCUGGAAGGCAGCGCUGACUGCGAGCUGCGCGAGUCCAAGGCCAACCUCAUCCGCAACUUGAUGUCUCGAGCGUCUUUGGGCGUCGACGAGGCGUGCCUGGUUGAGGACGACGCCCAGGAGAUAGCAUCCGUACAGGGCAUCUGCCGCAGCGUCUUCGUGGCCGAGAGGCGUGGGAUGACCGAGAGCGAGAUGGAUGAGCUGAGACGCCUUGCCGGUGCAACAGCUUCAGAGGCGGCGGAGGCCAAAGCCUUCAGCAAAGUGGCGCCGAAGGCAGCGCUGACAGCGAAGCCGCAAGCUGCUCCCCCGCCACCUCCGCCAGAUGGCUUCAGUGGCGUCUGCAAGGUUGGAGGAAAGAGCGUUCCACCCGGCAAGGGGCCUGCGGCACCCGCGCCGCCGCCCUCAGGUUUCAGCGGAGUCUUUAAGUCAGGCUCCACCGUGCCAGCUGCCAAGGCUUCGCCAAAGCAAGAGGCUGCCCAGAGUGGAGAGGGCUUGAAGCACGUGUACUUCGACUUCGACCAGACCGUCUCCAAGAUCCACGUCUUCAAGCAGCUCGCUGGCUGGGAGCCGGGCGUCGACGCGCCGCACGCGCUGUCCGAGCGCGGGCAGAUCCACCGACUGAAGAUGCUGAACGAGGCUGGUCCUGCCUACGUCUACGACGGAAACGGCGUGCAGGUGGUGCAUGGCUCGACAGGCUCCACUGCUUCGUGGACGGCCUGCUCGCUGGGAGGACCCGAGCGUGUGGAGCAGCUUCGCAGCUUCUUCGCCAGCCUGAAGGCUGCCGGCACGAAGCUGAGCAUCAUCACCAAGGGCAACGUGGGUGCCUGCCGAUAUCUGCUGGAGAACGAAGGGCUGCUGCAGUUCUUCGAGCAGGUCUUCGGCAUGCUUGGCCAGUUCUACGGUGAGUCCGACUUCGACCGCGCCAACCCUGAGCCGUCUCCGCUGGAAGGCAGCGCUGACUGCGAGCUGCGCGAGUCCAAGGCCAACCUCAUCCGCAACUUGAUGUCUCGAGCGUCUUUGGGCGUCGGCGAGGCGUGCCUGGUUGAGGACGACGCCCAGGAGAUAGCAUCCGUACAGGGCAUCUGCCGCAGCGUCUUCGUGGCCGAGAGGCGUGGGAUGACCGAGAGCGAGAUGGAUGAGCUGAGACGCCUUGCCGGUGCAACAGCUUCAGAGGCGGCGGAGGCCAAAGCCUUCAGCAAAGUGGCGCCGAAGGCAGCGCUGACAGCGAAGCCGCAAGCUGCUCCCCCGCCACCUCCGCCAGAUGGCUUCAGUGGCGUCUGCAAGGUUGGAGGAAAGAGCGUUCCACCCGGCAAGGGGCCUGCGGCACCCGCGCCGCCGCCCUCAGGUUUCAGCGGAGUCUUUAAGUCAGGCUCCACCGUGCCAGCUGCCAAGGCUUCGCCAAAGCAAGAGGCUGCCCAGAGUGGAGAGGGCUUGAAGCACGUGUACUUCGACUUCGACCAGACCGUCUCCAAGAUCCACGUCUUCAAGCAGCUCGCUGGCUGGGAGCCGGGCGUCGACGCGCCGCACGCGCUGUCCGAGCGGGGGCAGAUCCACCGACUGAAGAUGCUGAACGAGGCUGGCCCUGCCUACGUCUACGACGGGAACGGCGUGCAGGUGGUGCAUGGCUCGACAGGCUCCACUGCUUCGUGGACGGCCUGCUCGCUGGGAGGACCCGAGCGUGUGGAGCAGCUUCGCAGCUUCUUCGCCAGCCUGAAGGCUGCCGGCACGAAGCUGAGCAUCAUCACCAAGGGCAACGUGGGUGCCUGCCGAUAUCUGCUGGAGAACGAAGGGCUGCUGCAGUUCUUCGAGCAGGUCUUCGGCAUGCUUGGCCAGUUCUACGGUGAGUCCGACUUCGACCGCGCCAACCCUGAGCCGUCUCCGCUGGAAGGCAGCGCUGACUGCGAGCUGCGCGAGUCCAAGGCCAACCUCAUCCGCAACUUGAUGUCUCGAGCGUCUUUGGGCGUCGACGAGGCGUGCCUGGUUGAGGACGACGCCCAGGAGAUAGCAUCCGUACAGGGCAUCUGCCGCAGCGUCUUCGUGGCCGAGAGGCGUGGGAUGACCGAGAGCGAGAUGGAUGAGCUGAGACGCCUUGCCGGUGCAACAGCUUCAGAGGCGGCGGAGGCCAAAGCCUUCAGCAAAGUGGCGCCGAAGGCAGCGCUGAUAGCUAAGCCGCAAGCUGCUCCCCCGCCACCUCCGCCGGAUGGCUUCAGUGGCGUCUGCAAGGUUGGAGGAAAGAGCGUUCCACCCGGCAAGGGGCCUGCGGCACCCGCGCCGCCGCCCUCAGGUUUCAGCGGAGUCUUUAAGUCAGGCUCCACCGUGCCAGCUGCCAAGGCUUCGCCAAAGCAAGAGGCUGCCCAGAGUGGAGAGGGCUUGAAGCACGUGUACUUCGACUUCGACCAGACCGUCUCCAAGAUCCACGUCUUCAAGCAGCUCGCUGGCUGGGAGCCGGGCGUCGACGCGCCGCACGCGCUGUCCGAGCGCGGGCAGAUCCACCGACUGAAGAUGCUGAAUGCGGCACAGUACGCCUACCAGGGAAGCACAGGCACUGUGGUGCUGUGCGCCACCGGAACACAGGGGGCCUCUUGGACAGCUUGCGCUUUGGGAGGACCCGAGCGCGUGAGGCGGCUUCACAGCUUCUUCGCCAGCCUGAAGGCUGCCGGCACGAAGCUGAGCAUCAUCACCAAGGGCAACGUGGGUGCCUGCCGAUAUCUCCUGGAGAACGAAGGGCUGCUGCAGUUCUUCGAGCAGGUCUUCGGCAUGCUUGGCCAGUUCUACGGUGAGUCCGACUUCGACCGCGCCAACCCUGAGCCGUCUCCGCUGGAAGGCAGCGCUGACUGCGAGCUGUGCGAGUCCAAGGCCAACCUCAUCCGCAACUUGAUGUCUCGAGCGUCUUUGGGCGUCGACGAGGCGUGCCUGGUUGAGGACGACGCCCAGGAGAUAGCAUCCGUACAGGGCAUCUGCCGCAGCGUCUUCGUGGCCGAGAGGCGUGGGAUGACCGAGAGCGAGAUGGACGAGCUGCGGUGCCUGGCAGGAUCUCCACACGAACCAGCCAUGGAAGCCUCCACGUCCCCUGUCACCUCAGCACACACUUCUUGCGAACCCGAUGUUCCUGAAGGCGACGAGAGCCCUCGCAAAGAGACGGAAUCCUUCGAAGCUGUUGUGAAGGUUGUGCCGGUUCCUGCACCGCUGGCGCUUUCCAUGGUCCCCGUGGAGACACGGGCAUCACAGGUUCUGCAGGCCUCACAAGACUCAGAAGCAGAGUCCUUCGAAGCCAUGGCUCGGCUUGCGAGUGGCGGUGCAUCCCUCCGGAGCCCCCUCGCCAAGAGUGGCAAGGGUGCCAAGGGCGUCAAGGGCAAGGAAGGGAAAGGACCGACCUUUGCACAGGGGAGCAUCAGCCCCGGCGCUUCGCCAGCUGCCGCUGCUGCAGCGGCAGCAAGAGAGGCUGCCGCAGGUGCCGUUGCCGCCGCUGCCGAGGCCGAGGCUCUUGCACAGCGGUGUCUCGUCAUGGCGACCAAGACCUCCGGAAUUCAAACCUCAGACGGCCCACCGGCCCCGGUGCCCUCGGUGCCCUCGGCGCCCUCGGCGCCCUCGCCCCGACGGGUCCUGCGUGCAGGUCCUCACUGGGGCUCCUCGGUAGCGACGGGCUUCGAGGGCUUUGAGAGGCACUCCCUCGAGGCCUCCGACUCAUUUGACCCUGCCCCCCGCAGCCGGCGGAGGCACAGCGAGGUGAGAGCUCCCAGAGUGGACGUCCUGGCACAGGCCCGGAAGACCGCACAGACGCUGGCUUUGGAACUCGAGGAGACCUGCUUGAGCGCUGCUGGCCAGGGGAAGAGGAACGUGGAGUGGGCAACUGGAGACCUGUACGGGCUUGGCCGUGAUGCAGGCGACACGUUGCUGCACGAGUUUGCCGAGCACGUGGAGCGGAUGGGCUUCGCGACCGUGGAGUGGUGGCGUGGCGAGUCUCUUGGCUGGUGCAACGAACCUGGCCCGGCCCUUCCAAGCGAUGGGCCCUGGCCGGAGAUGUGCGACACAAAGCCGGUGCCCGUGUCUCGUCGAAGGUUUGGAUCCUGGGGCUACGCGCUCCGUGUUCGUGUGGGUUGGGAGAGCGAGCGCCAGCGUCCCGCAUCCAGCCAGCUGGAUGCACUGCGCAGGGCAUCUGAGUUCUCGGUGUCCCCUCGGGCUCGUCCACCCAGCCGAUGCCCCGUGUGCCGCGACGGCAGCCACCGACGAGCACAACUGCAGCCCUGUGGCCACCUCUUCUGUCGGCCCUGUGCCAAGCGCCUUCUCGGCCGAGCCUGCCUGCGUUGCGGUGUGAUCUGCCGGGAGGUGGAGGACUGCCAGUUCCAAGCACCGGCUGCAAGGCCUCUGGACGGCGGCGACAUUGACAAAAUCCCCCAAGUGGUGUGGGGUCCGACCGGCGGCUCCUAUGCUCUGCGCCCCUUCGCGCAGCAGCGAUCGCCAUCGCGACUCAAAGCCAAACCCAAGGCCCUUCAGGUGUGCGACAUGCCGAAGGGAUGA